ACUAGCAUAUUAUUCGAUAGUUAUAAGGCAUACUUAUUUAAGGAUUAUAUGCAGCCUUUUGUUCACGUUUUUUGGAUAGACGUAAGGUUUUAUGAGGGUUUCAGCGACCUCGUUUUCGAUUAGACAAAGUAAAAGGCUAUAUAUCAUGUUUUUUUUCCCUUCAAGUCGAAUGACGGCAUUUCUCAGACGGCUGAGCUGGUUCAACCUCCAAGGAAUGUGUUUAUUCAUCGGCUGUACUUUGCCCUUCCCCUGGCUGGAAGCAAUUAUCAGCUAUCUCAACGAGUUUCAUGAAAACAACACAUAAGGAAGAACUACGCCUAGCCCAUAUACUAAUGGAGCUUGUGAAACACUGUGGUGGAUGCCACUGUGGAGCUGUUAGAUUUGAAGUCUGGAGUUCCCCUGACCUUCAUGUAUUUCACUGCAAUUGUAGUAUUUGCACGAAAAAACAAAACCACCAUUUCAUCGUCCCGAAGAGUCGCUUUACUCUCUUACAGGGAGUUGACAAUCUGACCACCUAUACCUUCCACACUCAUGUUGCUAAACACACCUUCUGUAAAACCUGUGGAGUUCAAAGUUUCUACUCACCGCGAUCCAAUCCCGAUGGAUAUGGCAUUGCUCCACACUGUCUAGAUCCAGGAACUGUGCGCAGUGUCACCGUGGAGAAGUUUUGCGGGGAGAAGUGGGAAGAAAGCGUGCAAGCUCACAAGACCAUCAAAGACAUGUCUAAACCUGAAGGGGACAUGCUGUAAAAAUAACUGCUGUUACACAACUUUGAAAACCGCUUCUUUUUAAUAAACAUUAUAUCAAAAACAGAACAAU